UCUCUAUGGCAGACAAAACAGAGGUUAUUCACUAUAAACAGAUGAAUCUGGCAGCUAAGGCUCAGUUGGAUGGGGCCCCUUCAUCUGCUGAAGAAUACACUAUCAUUUGAUUUUCAAGAUGAGGACUUGAGCUUUAAAAACUACUUUGAGAAAGAAAAAUUCAAUGUGCCUGUAUCUUCAUUGCCUUUAUAUGCACUGGGUUUCCUAUGUAUGUUAUCAAUAAUCUAAGAAACACUGUGUCUCCAAACUGUACUCCUGCGUUUAUUCCACGGAGAGAGGAGAUUAUAAAAAUUCGCAUGGAGGACCUUUAAUAGAUAUUUUUCAUGCCAGAUGAGAAACUGAUUUGAAGCCAUUUUCUUUUUCUUACACUCGGUUCAUGAGCUAGAAUCUGUUUAACCAAUGGCGGUGGAGCUUUCAUCGAACUGUGAGUGUCCUAACUGUUUGGAAGGUAUUCACAGUGAGUCUAACUGGAUUUCUUCCAGAAAGAUAGAUGAUGAUGCACCAUACGCCAGAUCAAGUAAGAAAUCCACACUUUCUCCCAUCAUGAAACGCUUUCUUUCUCAGUCUUAUUCCAACAGGCUGGAGAAUGAUAACAAGGAAGACCCUGGGUUUCUCCCUUCAGAGAGGGAAAGUUCCAUGGGCUUUUCUCAAAGACAAAAUCUCAGUGAGACAUCAAAGAACACCAAACGGAAGACCAAACCAUUGAGAGAACUGACUAUCCAAGAACUACUGAGGAAGUUUGGAGAUGGUGGGAAGUUCCAACCGUACUCCAGGGCCUUGGGCCACUUUAGAGAUCACGGGGUUGUGAAGUUCAGAAGAGCACUGUAUUAUUCUGGAAUCUGGGUAAAACGUGUUCAAAGCUCUAAAUUGGAAAAGCACUUUUCAGCUAAUUAUUUCAAAAGAAAUCCCAGUAGCCUCCACCGGCUGAUUCCCUGGCUGAAACGGGAACUCAUAGCUGUUUAUGGAGACAAUGGCUACACAGUUAAGAAUGUUCUAGCUGCUAUUCUCCAUCACAUGACAAUAUUUAACUUAAACAGUGAAUCUUUCACUCAACUACUGGAGCCUUAUCUUCUACAACAUACCCACCACUUUCUGCACGAGUUUAUCAGUUUUGUUCAUUCAUCUUACAACAUGGAGACCUAUGACCGGAGCGCCGAAUAUCAGUGUCCUAUUUCAAAAUGGAUGAAAAACAAGAAUGCUUUUUCAGCUCCAAUCUUGUCUUUGCCUGAGAAUCUCUCCCUCGUGGUGUCUCAACAAGGUACCAAGCGGUCUAAGAACACCCGGGUUCAGUGGAAUAAGACUAGGCCGAGGCCUCACCCUAGCUUGAAACAGUUCCCAAAUGGCAGUAAUUCCUCACGAAAUCCCAAAACCUCAACAACCCAUCAGAAAACAACAGACAAGUUCCAUGGGACUGAAGACAAAUGGGAAUUAGAUGAUUUCAAGGAUGUGGUUUGCACUACCAAAUUGUUACUGGAUUGGGAUAAUCUCAGGGAAAGCAGCCCAGGCACAGAGUGUUACAAAAACGAUAACCAAGAGAAAAAGGCAGAAGGCACAAAGCUGCUCCCUGGCCAUGUCCACGAUCCUCAGAGGAGCAGAGCAAGUUCCCACAUCAGCGGAGCAUCAGUGGAUUCUAAUCGGGUACCACCAAGAAAGUACAAUUUAAGAGAAAGGAAUGUUUUGCAUACUGGCCAACAGGUACAUUAUCAGAAAAAAGAAAAAAAGAAGCUUGAAGAAUCUUCACCAAAGGGUUAUCAAAGAUUGCCUACAGAAAGAAUCUUGAUAAACAGCAAAUCCAGAGAAACGGAUAGUUCUAGUAAUUGCAUCUCUGGAAAUUUCCUCUUUCCUAUGAGAAAUGAUAAAAUGCUGGGUUCUUCUAGAAAAAAGAAGAGAAAGUACAGCCAGUCUUCCCAGUGUGUAGAAGUUGGUUCACAACACAGGGCAAGAACCCAAAGUCGAUCCAGUUCCAGGACACCCAGAUCCAAAUCCUGGUGUGUUGGAUCCAGAAAGCGAUCCAUAAGCAGAGAUCGGGAUAAUCUCUCUACGAGGGGAAAUCACAGAAGAAAAUGUCUCACCCAAAAUAUACACCGUGGGCCAUCAAGAGGAAGUGUGCACGGCUGUGAAUCUGCCUACAGGAUGGCAUCCUUGACCCCAGGCCACCAUGGCAAGGUUUGUUUAACCUCUGGGCGGAGACACAGCUGCGCCUCUACAGAAUGAACAUCUUUAAGACAAGGACCGGUUAGACAUGUGAUUUCUUUGUGAACGCUGAGUGGGUAAAUGAUGAACACAAAACAAAAUCUCAGAUGUGAACUGAGUAGGAUCAGUAGCUCUAAGAACCACCAUGAAGAAAUUAUGAUUUAAAUUGGGCCCGUGUUAUGAAGGCCACCGUCAUCUAUUUUAACCUCUCCUCUGUAUUAGCGCCUAAGACUCAGUCACCUGUGUGCAGGUAAGCAGAACCCAAAGGGAAAUGCCAAGGAAGCCCUUGGGCAAUCCCUAUGCAUCACUGUGAAAGCCUGUAUGCUUUCACAUGAGAUUGGCUACUUAUUGUCAUCCCAGGCCUCACCCAGAUCAGGACCUGUCUUUUAAUAAUCUUCUAAUUUCCUAUGCAUGUUAUUUUUUUAAAGUACUUCUGGGAGUGUGUAUGUGUAGACAUGUAUGCGUGUGUGUUAUAUGUGAACAUGUGUCUAUGUGUGUGUACAUGUGCGUCAUGUAUGCAUAUGCUCGUGGAGGCCAGAUGUUGAUAUUGGGUGUCUUCCUCAGUUACUACCCAUCCUGUUUUUGAGACAAGGUGUCUCGUUGAACCUGGAGCUCACCAAUUCUGCUGGAUUGGCUGUCCAGCAAACCACAGGAGCCUUCCUGUCUUCAUCCUUCUAGUAUCACAUGCCCACCUUUUCAUGACUCUGGUUCUCAUGCUUGCAUGGCAAGUACUUCACUAGCUGAGCUGUC